GUGUGUGUCUGCAGGAUUGCUUUCGUGUUAGUCUUGUGUGUUUGAAUCUCUCUGGACAGGAGUCAGCAGGUGUGUUGUGCUGGGUUAGGCAGAAGUUUAUGCAUUACUGCAGCAGUCAGAGGUCAGUGUUUGAGCGCUUUUCACAAAUCUAUAUCCUUACAGUAAUUACACGCACUGCAGAUCCCAAGCACACCACACACUCUGCCUAUCGGGAAACAAAUCAGACAAAAAGUAACUGUUAAAUGCGAGAAACAUGAAAUUUACAAUCAGGACAACUGAAAGUUUAGCUAAACUAAUUCGGACUUCACAUGGCUCUCUUCCUUUCUCUAUAAUCUGUUUCUCUCUGCUGUGCUGGUGUGUUUAAAAGAUUAGUUUGCGUUAAAGGCUUACUGUAAGCUACGAUGCAACACUUCCCCUUUCUUUCCAUCUGUCUCGCUCUGCAAGAAAACAGGUGCUUUGAAACUCCCACUGAACAAUAUAUUCUUCAUAGUGAUAUCUGAAACAAUCAGAAUCAGGGAUUAAACUGAAUAGAUAUUAACCUUUUCUGCAAACGAGAAAGAUUUUUCCAGGCAAUCCACCAUGAAACUAGGAGUUUUCCUGUUGCUGCUUUUGGAUUUUUUGCAACAUGUCUUUGCACAACUUCCUAUAACUGCAUUUACUGAAAGAUCGCUUGUGGAGGAAGGCCAAGGAAGUGGUCUGUUAGAAGUGGAACAGGAGGAUGAACUGGCGGACACUUACUGGUCUGGGACAGCCCCGAUCUGCUUUGGAGGGUGUAAAGGCAGACAUAUGGAGCUGAAGAGGGACAACUGUGGAGAUUCAGACUGCUGCUGGGUGGGAUACAAAUCCCUCUGUAGAGUGAAUUGUGGGAAGCCUGAUGUUGACUUUAAUGGGAUUGUUUAUGGGAGUGAUUGGUGGGUCGGAUCUGUGGUGCGUUACGACUGCCGGCCUGGAUUCGUUUUGGUGGGAGAUCCUGCUCGAGCCUGCCAGUCUAAUGGAAAAUGGACGCCUAAACCAUCCUGCCUAAGAGUGUGUCAUCGAGGUCGGGUUGAAAUCAACGAGAAGGACAUUGAUGGGACAUGUUCAUCCACCUGUCCUGAUGCCAAGAGCUACGCAGUCCCUCUAAACCACAAAUGCAGUCGCAUUGAGAACUGCAGGACUAAGGAAUCAGGCUGGAAGCGCUGGUUUACACGCUGCAACUACUGCGACUGUGACUGCUUCACUCCCUGCAGUCUACAGGAGAGAAGAUGGUGAACCUGUUUUUAUUAUUCUACUCAAUGAAGUUAUUAGCAUGUUAAUUACCCCCUUGUUGGCUUGUAGGACAAAAAUGACCCGGACAACAGUUUAACAGCAGAAAAAAAACUUAAAACAGUUGAACUUUUUCUAAAAUGACCCCAACAUUAGAAAAAAUGAAUCAUUUUCUAUUUUCAUAUUUUCAUGAGGGCUGUACACAUUUAGGUCACAACGGCUGUCCUUUGAUCUAUUUGAUACGAUGUGCACCAUUAAAAACUACUGGCACACUUCAACACACACACACUUUCCCAAACUCACACACAAGAAGAAUCUGCUGCUUUAACCUUUAUAAAUACUGUAAAAACGUUAAAUAUUUUAUACAUAUACAGGUACAUUUAGCAUUAGAAAAUAUACCCUUCACCAUGAGUGGUUCUCUCUGAUUAAACAGGGAUGAAAUAUUUAACAAGCAUUAGUAAAUCCAUUUGAACCAGUUUGUGGACUCAUGGUUGUGCUGGUCUAUAAAGGAGGUGUGUUGUUGGUGCGUUGCUAUUUGGAAUAACUGAAAAAGACCACGCCAUUGACCAACUGAAAGCUGAUCUAAAGUCUAGUGCAGGGCAUUUUAGUUAUGUGCCUGUGUAGGUCUAAACACUUACACAUUGCUUAAUACACACAGGAUGUACAGCAAUACACAAAAAUCUUUACAUAUGAAAAUAUUAAAUUAAAAUUAAAUUUAAUUUAAUGUAAUUAAAUUAAAAUGUUACGAAAAAAAUAUUUUUUGACAUAAUAUAAAAACUACGACAUCUAUGCCUUUAUGUCGGGGGGCUUUUCUUUUGUUUAUUCAUGACAAUUUGCUUUUGUAUAUUGUUAUUAUUAUUAUUAGCAGUAUGAUUUAUUAUAUGCAUAUUUAUAUUUGUUUCCAUUUCAUUCGUUUUGGGGACUUAUGUGUCACUAUAUGGGGCAUGAGAAUAGGACAUGUGUUUGGAUAUGUUUUUGAACACACUUCGUUAAUAUUGCUCAUUUAUUACUUUGCUGGA